UGCGCCAAGGGGAGCCCCCGCCGGAGCGGCUGGGGUCGGGGCGCGCGGGCUUCGGUUGCGGCGCCUCCGCCUCGGACCAUGGUCUGCGCGGGCGGCGGGAGGAUCGGCCCCGCUCUGCUGCUGCUGCUGGCUGGCCCGCUUCGGAGGGGUUUUUCCUCGUUUCAAGUCAACUUUGUCCAUCCAGAAUUUGAGCGGCGGCCUUCUCAGAUCAUCUCGCAAGCCAACAUGAAGGUGGAAAUCCUUCCAGCCCUCACAGACAACUAUAUGUACCUCCUCGUGGAUGAGGAGACCAAGGAAGCAGCCAUUGUUGACCCCGUGCAGCCCCAAAAGGUUGUGGAUGCAGCCAAGAAGCAUGGAGUGAAACUGACCACUGUGCUUACUACACAUCACCACUGGGACCACGCUGGUGGCAACGACAAACUUGUAAAGAUGGAGCCUGGGUUACGAGUCUACGGGGGAGAUAGCAGGGUUGGAGGCCUCACCCAGAAAGUCUCUCAUCUUACAACAUUUCAGGUGGGCUCCCUCAACGUGAAAUGCCUCUCAACUCCCUGCCACACCUCUGGACACAUCUGCUAUUUUGUGACCAAGCCAAACAGCUCGGAACCACCUGCGGUGUUCACAGGCGACACCUUGUUUGUGGCUGGCUGUGGAAAGUUCUUUGAAGGAACGCCAGAAGAAAUGUACAGAGCUUUGAUUGAGGUCUUGGGGCGCCUCCCUCCUGAAACGAAAGUCUACUGUGGCCACGAAUAUACCAUCAACAACUUAAAGUUUGCCCGGCAUGUGGAACCAAAUAAUGCUGCCAUCCAACGAAAGCUAUCAUGGGCAAAGGCCAAAUAUGAUGGAGGGGAGGCAACCAUCCCAUCCACCAUCGGCGAAGAAUUCACAUACAACCCGUUCAUGAGAGUGAGAGAAGCAACAGUGCAGCAUCAUGUCCGGGAAACGGAUCCUGUUCGGACCAUGGGAGCUAUCCGCAAAGAGAAGGACAGCUUUAAAGUGCCGAAAGAUUAAACGAACCAGAUCCCCUGCUGCUUUUCUUUUCUCCUUUUCUUUUUUUUUCUGUUAUUCAGUUCAGGAAAUUGGUGUUUUCAUUGUUGCGUUUUAAAUUGAGUUCAUUCGCAUUAUGGAAUUCAGUAGGGGGAGGUGGAAAAAAAAAGAAAAGUCACCAAAGCACUUUGCCGUUUAAAGAAAAAAAAAUUAAUUAUUCUUGUGCCCUUGGGACUCAGCUGAUUAUUAUUAUUAUUUGUAUUAUUAUUAUUAUUAUUUUUAGCGUGAUGCACGGAAGUGGUAUGGAUGUCUCUGCGGGGAGCAGAGGAUUCUGUGGGUUUUUGUCACGGACACAUCUUGUUUGCCCCAUUGGCUUUCUGGGAAGGCGACUUGGGACCUUCUCUGCCUCUUGAGUCAAAAUGCACAUUUGAAAGGCUCUGCGAUUUCCCUUAAAACUUCAAAACGAACCUUUCCAACCUGCCAAAGAGAGUUUUCUGCUGUUCUUAAACGCUCCUUUCAUCUAAACCAGAGGUCUUCAAACUUGGCAGCUUUAAGACUUGUGGACUUCAACUCCCAGAAUUCUCCAGCCAGCUGUGCUGGCUGGAGAAUUCUGAGAGUUGAAGUCCACAAGUCUUAAAGCUGCCAAGUUUGGGGACCCCUGAUCUAAACAUUUGCAAUCCGCAUAUGCUCUUUCGCACGUGAGCAACGCCCGUUCCCCUGAGCGCAUGUGCCCGUCUCUCAGGAAACUAAAGCAGCGGGCUGGGAAAGCCAAGGAGGAGAGGCGGCGUUACAGGAGAAAGUAAAUAGAGGCAUUUGUAUAUCUUUAAAUAGGAAAAUGGUUAUUGUUUUAACAGCACAGCACUUUAAAAAGGAAAAAACAAAACAAAAAAAAACAAAUCUUAAAAUCUAUUUUAACCGGUCGUGGCUUCAACUAGAAGUGAUUAGCAACUUCGUUAAAUAUCCUCGGCGCUCUGGAAAAACUCUGAAUUUUCAGAGAGAUUCCUUUGCAUGCCGGGGAAGUAGUGACAGUAGAAAAAUGGGCAUGUUCUUUCUUUCUUUUUGCUUUAUUUAAGCCGCCACGGCAGAGCUGCACUUGCAAAGCCUUCGUUGUAGACCGCCUCCUUCUUAAGCUUGAAUUGUCAUUUCCCGUUGAUUCAGCUAAUGUACAUGUAAAUAAAUAUUCUAUCUAAUAAAUAUUACUUUAAGAGAUUAA